AUGGACGGCUCCCGUCCACCUGACUACUCGCUACCGCCAUACGACGAUGAGCCAGACCAUGGCUACCCAAGCCAAGGCGCUGCCAUCAGGCUACUCACCUCGAUGGAGGAACAUAUUCCAGAAACCAGACCUAUCCGGCCAACUCCCAAGAGAUCAUUCCAGUCAUCCUUGAGAUCCGGUCACUCGCGAGAGUCCUCUUUCAUGGACCCUCCCUACAUUGCACGACCCGACUCGGCCUACGAGCCUUUCAGAUCCAGAGAUGGCGCCUCGUCACCAACUAGAUCAUGGACACCAUCGCGCAUGUCCACGGCGUCCUUGUCAGACUUCUCCCGGCCCACUGCGUCCAACGUCCAGUACGAGCCAGCCGACCUCAACGGUAGCCCUCGCCCGGGCACUCCAUCCUCCAGAUACGGCGGAAGCCCUCGAAGGCCGCUUCCUCCAGCACCACUGUUCUCUGGCGCAGCCCGCGACUCUUCUUACACAGCAGACGACGCGACAGUCAAUAUCCCCUUAGAUCCCGACAAUGACGACGUGUUUGGUUCCGAUGUGACAGACAACCGGCCUCACCUGCACUCGUACGCAUCCGACUCUCAGGCAACCCUUAGCGCGGAUCCCAACGCCGAUGACUACGAGGAAAAGAUUGAGCAUUAUGGCUCUGCGCCUAGCGGCAAGCAAGAACGCCGUGGUGUCCGCGCUCCCGAGAUGUCGAAGAAGGAGGUGCAACUCAUCAACGGCGAACUAGUUCUCGAGUGCAAGAUUCCGACCAUUCUUUACAGCUUCUUGCCUCGCAGGGACGAGGUCGAGUUCACCCAUAUGCGGUACACGGCUGUCACGUGUGACCCGGAUGACUUUGUCGAACGCGGCUACAAGCUUCGCCAGAACGUGGGCAAGACCACGAGAGAGACAGAGAUCUUCAUUUGCGUCACAAUGUACAACGAAGACGAGAUUGGCUUUACACGCACGAUGCAUGCAGUCAUGAAGAACAUCAGCCACUUUUGCGCACGCAACAAGUCCAGAACCUGGGGCGACAACGGCUGGCAAAAAAUUGUCGUCUGCAUCGUAUCUGAUGGCAGAGAGAAGAUUCAUCCUCGCACACUUGAUGCCCUGGCUGCCAUGGGCGUUUACCAGCACGGAAUCGCAAAGAACUAUGUCAACUCAAAAGCCGUGCAGGCUCACGUCUACGAGUACACAACACAGGUGUCGCUCGACUCGGACCUCAAAUUCAAGGGAGCUGAGAAGGGCAUUGUGCCAUGUCAGUUGAUCUUCUGCCUAAAAGAGCGCAAUCAGCGCAAGCUGAACUCCCAUCGCUGGUUCUUCAACGCCUUUGGCAGAGCUCUCAACCCCAACGUCUGCAUCCUCCUCGACGUCGGAACACGGCCCGGAAGCACCUCGCUUUACCACCUGUGGAAGGCCUUUGACAACGAUUCGAAUGUUGCAGGCGCUUGUGGUGAGAUCAAGGCGAUGAAGGGCAAGUUUGGUGCGUACCUACUCAACCCUCUUGUGGCAUCGCAAAACUUCGAGUACAAGAUGUCAAACAUCCUCGACAAGCCUCUGGAGUCUGUUUUCGGCUACAUUACGGUUCUGCCUGGUGCCCUCAGCGCGUACCGGUAUCACGCCCUACAAAACGAUGAGACUGGCCACGGCCCGCUGAGCCAGUACUUCAAGGGAGAAACCCUGCACGGCCAGCACGCGGAUGUCUUCACAGCCAACAUGUAUCUCGCCGAAGAUCGUAUUCUCUGCUGGGAGCUGGUCGCCAAGCGCAGCGAGCGGUGGGUCUUGAAAUAUGUCAAGAGCUGCACAGGAGAGACUGAUGUCCCCGACGCGCUCUCCGAGUUCAUCUCGCAGCGUCGUCGCUGGCUGAACGGCGCCUUCUUCGCUGCUGUGUACUCCUUGGUGCACUUCAGGCAAAUUUGGUCCACUGAUCAUACCCUCGCCCGCAAGGUGCUGCUGCACAUCGAGUUUGUGUACCAGUUCAUCCAGCUGUUGUUCACGUACUUCUCGCUGGCCAACUUCUACCUCACAUUCUUCUUCAUUGCUGGCGGUCUGGCAGAUCCAUUGGUUGACCCUUUUGGCCACGGCAUUGGCAAUGUCAUCUUCAUCAUCCUCCGGUACAGCUGCGUCCUGCUCACGGCCAUGCAAUUCAUCAUCUCUCUCGGCAAUCGACCUCAGGGUGCACGCAAGCUGUACCUGGCCAGUGUGAUCGUCUACUCUAUCAUCUCGGUGUACACGGUUUUUGCGACGAUCUACGUGGUGGUCCGCCAAUUCACCAGUCUCAAAGACGAGAUGACGCUCGGCAACAACAUGUUCACCAACGUCAUUGUCUCAAUAACCUCGACAGUGGGGCUGUACUUCCUCAUGUCUGUUGUCUACAUGGAUCCGUGGCACAUGAUCACCAGUGCUGCGCAGUACUUCCUGCUGCUCCCUAGCUACAUCUGCACUUUGCAGGUGUACGCCUUCUGCAACACCCACGACGUGACUUGGGGUACCAAGGGUGACAAUGUCAUCAAGACAGACCUUGGAGGUGCUGUCGGCAAGGGUGGCGGCACUGUCGAGCUCGAGAUGCCUUCUGAGCAACUUGACAUCGACUCCGGAUAUGAUGAGGCGCUUCGGAACCUCCGUGACCGCGUCGAGGUACCCGAGAGUCCCACUUCGGAGGCUCAGAUGCAAGAGGACUAUUACAAGAGCGUGCGAACAUACAUGGUCGUGGUAUGGAUGAUGGCCAAUGCCAUCCUGGCCAUGGCGAUGAGCGAGAUCUACCAUGACAAGAGUGUUGGCAACAAUGCCUACGUCACUUUCAUCCUGUGGGCUGUGGCUGCUCUUGCGCUGUUCCGUGCGCUGGGCAGCUUGACCUUCCUCGCGACGCAUUUCUUCGCCAUGAUUGUGGAAGGAAGAGUCAAGAUGAGUCUGAAGGUGCCCGUAUGGGUCGGUGGAUUUGGCGAGAAGAUGAGCGAUACAAUGAGCAGCGUGGUAAGUAGUGUCAAGCGGUAA